AUGUAUGAGGAUUUUGAAAGUGACAGCGAUGAUGAUGAUGAUGACAAUGCUGCGAUGUUGGACAUGUUAAAUGAUGUCCAAGGGGCUAUAAGUAUGGAGACAGAUGAUGAGAACGAUAUUUAUGUUAACAAAUAUGAUUAUUUGUUUAAUGAAGCUCAACGAGAACUGUACCCGGGUUGUACAAAGUUCUCUGCAUUAUCUUUUAUUAUAAAAUUAAUGCAGAUCAAGAUAGAUGGUCGUUGGAGCAAUAAAAGUUUUAAAAAUCUACUGAAAUUGUUAAAUGACUCGUAUCCAAAAGGUGCAUCCAUACCAACAUCGAACUAUGAAGCCAAAAAUAUGUUGCUAGAAUUGGGCUUGGGGUAUGAAUCCAUACAUGCAUGCAAGUAUGACUGUGCACUGUUUUAUGGGAAAGAGAAUAAGAAACUGGAUGAAUGUCCAGUGUGCAAGGAGCCGAGAUACAAGUCUUGUGAUGGCAAACGCAAGAAAGUUCCACAAAAAGUCUUGCGUUAUUUUCCAUUGAAGCCGAGACUUCGGAGGUUGUAUAUGUCGAGACAUACAGCGACUGAAAUGAAAUGGCAUAAAAAAAGAAGACAAAAUGAAGAGGGUUUCCUACGACAUCCAGCUGAUUCUGCCGAGUGGAAACACUUUGAUCAAGAGUAUCCUGAUUUUGCUGCAGAUUGUCAAAAUGUGAGGUUGGGGCUUGCUACAGAUGGUUUUAAUCCAUUUGGAAACAUGAGCCCUAGUUAUAGUAUGUGGCCAGUUAUGCUAGUGCCGUACAAUCUGCCUCCUUGGAAAUGCAUGAAAGGAGUGUAUUCAAUGAUGUCAUUACUCAUACCUGGUCCUCGAGCACCUGGGAAAGACAUUGAUGUGUUUCUUCGUCCAUUAAUAGACGAAUUAAAAGAAUUGUGGGGUAUUGGAGUUGAAACUUUUGAUGCCUCUGUUGGGAGAAAUUUUAAUUUGCGGGCAUGUGUAUUGUGGACUAUAAAUGAUUUUCCUGCUUACGGAAAUUUAUCUGGGUGGAGCACAAAAGGGUACAAAGCUUGUCCUGUUUGUAACGAAGAUGUAACUUCUGAGGGGUUGAGAGGAAAAUUAUGUUUUAUGGGAGCUCGACGAAAUUUGCCUGAGGAUCAUGAGUGGAGAAGGAGUAAAUAUUUUAACGGUUUAGUUGAAAAUCGUCCUCCUCCCAGAUUAUUUUCUUGGGAUGACAUAUUGCGGCAAUUAGAUCGUGUUUAUAAAGCUAGGCCUGGAAAACAUCCUGACAAUCCUGAUUUAAAGCGACAACGUGAGCCUCAUGAGCUAAACUGGACUAGAAAGAGUAUUCUUUUUGAGUUAGAGUAUUGGUCCAAGCUCAGGUUGAGACAUAAUAUUGAUGUGAUGCAUGUUGAAAAAAAUAUAUGUGAUAGUGUCAUUGGUACUUUGUUGAAUAUAGAUGGGAAAACAAAAGACACCAACAAGGCUCGUUUGGACUUGGCAGAUAGGAAGAUAAGAAAAGAAUUGCAUCUCACACGUCAAGGGAAUAAAUUGAAGAAGCCUCAUGCUAGAUAUGUUUUGAAAUUGGAAUACCGUAGGCUGUUUUGUAAGUUCCUCAAAGUUGUCAAAUUUCCUGAUGGGUAUGCUGCCAAUAUUUGCAAAAAUGUGAACAUUGUCGAUGGGAAGAUACAUAAUUUAAAAAGUCAUGAUUGCCAUGUUUUACUUCAACGCCUCCUCCCAGUUGGUAUUCGUUCAUAUUUGGACAAGGAUGUGUGCACUGCAAUUGUUGAGCUGGCCAUUUUUUUCCAACAGAUAUGUGCAAAAACUUUAAAGGUGUCAGACUUGGAAAGAAUGGAGAAGGAGAUUGUUAUAAUAUUGUGCAAAUUAGAGAGAAUUUUUCCACCGGCUUUUUUUGAUGUAAUGGUUCACUUGGCAGUCCAUUUACCUCGUGAAGCUUUGCUUGGUGGUCCAGUUACCUAUCGGUGGAUGUAUCCUAUUGAGAGAAAUUUAGGAACAUAUAAAAAGUAUGUUACAAAUAAAGCUCGACCUGAAGGUUCUAUUGCAGAAGCAUAUAUUGUCAAUGAAGCAGUGACAUUUUGUUCUAUGUAUUUUCGUGAGAUAUCUUGA